ACGGGACCGGGGACCGAGGUCUCCGGCGGGUUGGCGGCCGGUCCGGGGGACUCGGUGCUGGCACCCCCCAAGGCAGUGGGGUGGGGACCUGGUGUCGCUGCAGUCCCCGCUCUGGGCUGGGAAACUGGAACACAUAACAUCUGAUUGGAUGGACUGUGCCCUGUUGUGGAGAGGAAGACCAGAGAUGGAGUCAUAAUCUUAGGAUUGGUUUUUCUCCCUGAGAGUUCCAAACAUUCUGCUUCACUGUGAUACAACCAUAGCAAAGGUGUGAUGGACAGACCAUUCCUAUUUACCUUGCGCCCUUUUUUCCUCCAUGUGGAAAGUGGAAAGCAAGGCAACAGAGACCAAGAGAAAAUUGGUUUAAUGAAUGAGAGUACUACCUCAACUCUCAGAACAUGGGCCCUCCUUUAAAGACUGAUGACUUGAAGAAGCUGUGACCAGAAAGAACCAUUCUUUGCAUGCAUCCAUUGCCUAGAUGCCAUUGAUCUAGUUAGUACUUCUUUCGAGGCAGAAUAAUCCUUGAUCUCUACAGAGGCCUUAAUAGCUCUGGGACAUCACAUAGUCAGAUGACUGUGACAAGGAAGAGAUUUUGACAAUGACAGCAGAUGAGGAAACUCAACAGAGCUAGGACUUGAGUCCAGGUCUCCUGACUUCCAUUGGGAUGAUCUUUCUGGUGAUAUGGCUGUGAGGAAGAGGAGAGGAAAGAACUAAGCUCGUUUUCUUUUGCAGCUGCAGCUGUGAUCCUCAGCUGUCUGUCUUCAGUGAAGGGACCUGAUGUUUUACGUUAUUGGUGGAAUCACAGUGUCUGUGGUUGCCUUCUUCUUCACAAUUAAGUUCUUCUUUGAGCUUGCCGCACGAGUAGUCAGCUUCCUCCAGAAUGAAGACCGGGAGCGCCGAGGGGACCGAACUAUUUAUGACUACGUGCGGGGAAAUUACCUGGACCCCCGGUCCUGCAAAGUCUCCUGGGAUUGGAAGGACCCCUAUGAGGUGGGCCAUAGCAUGGCCUUCCGAGUGCAUUUAUUCUACAAGAAUGGACAGCCCUUCCCAGCUCAUCGGCCUGUGGGAUUACGAGUUCACAUCUCCCAUGUUGAGUUAGCAGUGGAUAUUCCGGUAACCCAGGAAGUCCUUCAGGAGCCCAAUUCCAAUGUUGUAAAAGUGGCCUUCACUGUUCGCAAGGCUGGUCGCUAUGAAAUCACAGUGAAACUUGGUGGCUUAAGUGUGGCCUACAGUCCCUACUACAAAAUUUUUCAGGCUGGGAUGGUGGUUCCUUCCAAGACUAAAAUUGUGUGUCAUUUCUCUACUCUUGUUCUGACCUGUGGCCAACAGCACACCCUUCAGAUAGUCCCUCGAGAUGAGUAUGACAAUCCUACCAACAAUUCUGUGUCUUUGAUAGAUGAACACAAUUACAGUGUAUCCAUUCAUGAGCUUGGUCCUCCAGAAGAAGAAAGUACUGAUGUCUCAUUUGAGAAAUCUGUGAUAUCCAAAAGACAGACUUGCCAGGUGUUCCUUAAGCUCACCUUGCAUUCCCGGGGCUGCUUCCGUGCCUGCAUUUCAUACCAAAAUCAGCCAAUCAGCAAUGGUGAAUUUGAUAUAAUUGUCCUAAGUGAGAAUGAGAAGAACAUUGUAGAACGCAAUGUAUCCACCUCAGGGGUCAGUAUUUAUUUUGAGGCUUAUCUUUAUAAUGCCACCAACUGUGCCAACCCACAGUGGCACCUUCCACCCAUGCACAUGAGCUCCUCCCAACGUCGUCCUUCCACUGCCACUGAGGAGGAGGAUGAAGAUUCUCCCUCUGACAGCCAGACCCCUGAAAAGGUGAAAAAACCUAAAAAGGUGUACUGCUACGUAUCACCCAAGCAACUCUCAGUGAAAGAAUUCUACCUGAAAAUCAUUCCCUGGCGCCUCUACACUUUUAGAGUAUGCCCUGGGACAAAGUUUUCAUACCAUGGACCUGACCCUGUGCAUAAGCUGCUCACACUAGUGGUAGAUGAUGGCAUCCAGCCUCCCGUAGAGCUGAGCUGUAAGGAAAGGAACAUCUUAGCUGCCACUUUUAUACGUUCUCUCCAUAAAAACAUAGGAGGCUCAGAGACCUUUCAGGACAAGGUGAACUUCUUCCAACGAGAGCUUCGGCAGGUACACAUGAAAAGGCCACAUUCAAAAGUCACACUGAAGAUCAGCAGACACACCCUGUUGGAGUCUUCUCUGAAAGCCACUCGGAAUUUCUCCAUUUCAGAUUGGAGUAAGAAUUUUGAAGUAGUUUUCCAGGAUGAAGAAGCACUGGAUUGGGGAGGCCCUCGCCGGGAAUGGUUUGAACUAACCUGUAGAGCAUUGUUUGACACCACCAGUCAGCUCUUCACUCGAUUCAGCGACAACAACCAAGCUCUGGUGCAUCCAAACCCUAACCGACCUCCACAUCUCCGGCUAAAGUUAUAUGAAUUUGCAGGGCGGCUUGUAGGCAAGUGUCUCUAUGAAUCAUCUUUAGGAGGAGCUUACAAGCAACUGGUACGAGCUCGUUUUACUCGUUCUUUCCUGGCUCAAAUCAUAGGACUUCGAAUGCAUUACAAGUACUUUGAAACUGAUGAUCCGGAAUUUUAUAAAUCCAAGGUUUGUUUCAUUCUCAACAAUGACAUGAGUGAAAUGGAACUGGUUUUUGCAGAAGAGAAAUACAACAAAUCAGGGCAGCUGGAUAAGGUUGUGGAGCUCAUGACUGGGGGAGCGCAAGUCCCAGUCACCAACUCAAAUAAAACCUUCUACCUAAAUUUGUUGGCACAAUAUAGACUGGCCAGUCAAGUUAAAGAUGAAGUGGAACAUUUUUUGAAAGGCCUGAAUGAAUUAGUUCCUGAAAACCUUUUGGCUAUUUUCGAUGAGAAUGAACUUGAGCUGCUGAUGUGUGGUACUGGUGACAUCAAUGUCUCUGACUUCAAGGCACAUGCUGUGGUGGUGGGAGGCUCAUGGCAUUUCAGGGAAAAGGUAAUGAGGUGGUUUUGGACUGUGGUCUCCAGCCUCACACAGGAAGAAUUGGCGAGAUUGCUUCAGUUCACAACUGGCUCCUCUCAGUUGCCACCCGGAGGCUUUGCCGCCCUCUGUCCCUCAUUCCAGAUCAUUGCAGCUCCAACCCAUAGCACGUUACCCACUGCACACACAUGUUUCAACCAGUUGUGCCUCCCUACAUAUGACUCAUACGAAGAUGUGCACAAAAUGCUGCAACUGGCCAUCAGUGAGGGCUGCGAGGGCUUUGGCAUGCUCUGAUCUACUCUUCUACUGUCCAUCUGACCCCUGGGUUCUCCAGAGCGCCCUGGGUGCACAGUUUCCUUUCAGUCAGAGCAUAGACAUAACCUUCAGCCCUCAGGGCAGACAUAACAGUCAGCCAGAAGAUGUUGCAUGCUCCCCUGUUUCUGGAGUAUUUUGCCACCUAUAGGCCUUGUCUCUAAAUCCCAUAUUGUUUCCUUCUCCUCACCAUAGGCCACUUCGGUAUGGUACAUAAAUAUUGGAAGUUUUUGGCAUGUUAUCCAUCUAAGAGAAGAGGAAUUCCAUUUGGUCCUCAGGGAGCAGAAGAUCUUUGUAGUUGGGACUUUGCAUCUUGUAGAAGGCUGUGUACCAAGGGCUCUGAGCUCCAUUGGACAUCUGGCUCUCUAGAAGCCUUAAUAUCUGCCCAUGCCUUGCUCCAGGCCCCUCUGCUAAUGCUCCUCAAUGGAACCCUCUUUUCUCUUCCCUCUGGGAUCUGACACAGCCUCAAGACCUUCUCUGUGGAAAGGAUGAUGCCUUUUCUCAUCAGGAGCGGAGAGAAUCAUAGUAUCUGCUAUAGGAACUGGCCAGUCUGGCUGGUCAUUGCUUUGUUUCCCUGCACAAAGCAGGCAUACAUAGGCCAUGGCGUUGUACUACCUCUAAUGGGAACUGGCAGCACAAAGGUACCCUUCUCCUGGUGUCACAUGACACUGGGUACAGAACUGGAAGAGGAGCUGCUUUUGUAAGCAUUUCCAAAAGAGCGCAGAAAGCCCCGGGAGAGUUCUUUUGAUGGAAUUUUAUUUGGUUGUUUUUUUCCCUUCUUGAAUUCAGGCCAAGUAAAGAAAGCAGACCGAGUUUAGAAUAUGUAAGAUGAUACAGCUACAGCCUCCCGAAUUGAACAUAAUGGACAUAUCUCGACCUUUAGCUGUAGUAGAAUCAAGGGGCAUACUGGAGUGCAUGGCUGGCUUGGAGGCUACCGACACUGUGCAUUGGGUUUCUUUUCCCACAGAGGUUCAGCUGGCUCUGUUCACUUUCCUCCAUGUUGAACAGUCUGCUAUGUUCUGUGAAUCCAUCUUUUGCAUGGCGCUAGUAUCUUGUCCUAAGACCCUGCUAGAGAAAAUUUUCUAGCAUAGGGAUCCUAUUUAUUAUCUGUUUGAAUUCUACUGGAGAAAUCUUUCUAGCAAAGGAUUACUAUUCCUGGUAGAUAUGAAUUCCUUUUUUUUUUUCUUCUUCUUCUUCUUAAUAUUUUCCCCAUUCUGGGAGCACUGAGGCAAGGAGAAAGAGAUCUAAAUUACUGAAUUACAGCACACUGCUGACCUGUGGUAAAGCCUUCCUAUGUCCUUUCUCUCAGGUUCAGGGUACUGAGAAUAUGCUUAAAACAGACCUGCUUUAAUAGUAAAAGUUGAGCUGUAUCAGUGCCUUCCCCUUAUCAACUGGGAUGGGAGGGGUAUGGGCAAGGGAGAAGGGAAAAAAGAAAUUAUGAGUGCUAGUUUCUGAGAAGCUCUGUGCAGUGUCUUGAUUGGUGGAAACUGGCAAAUAUCUCUUGAAAGAUUUUCUUUUUUUUUAUUACAAAUUUGAAUAAUAAUAAUUGUAAGAUUAGAAAUUUCUCCCACUUGAAAAGUUUCUGUUUUCAAGGAUGCUUUGCUGUGACACCCCAUUCCCAGUGGAGCAUCUACACCAAGAGUACUACAAGCCAUCUUUGUUGCCAAAACCAGCACGUACACAAGAGUCCUAAGAAGAGACAGAACUUAUGGCAGGGCCUCAGCCUCCUGGAAACCUCCAGGUGGGGAUCAGGAGGGACAAGCCCCUUCACCCCUACUCUUUGCCCUCUCCCUGAGCUGUUAUAGCUCCUCUGUGGCUUCAGUGUCUUUCAGCUGUCAUCUGUUCUUUCUCGACCAGGGUGCUGUCCUCUCCCAUCUGCUGGAGCCAGAAUCCUGCAGCUGGGGCCUUAGCACUCCUAGAUCCUCCAUGCCCUAUGUUUACUACUCUCCUCAGGGACCCAGACAAGGUGUUGCUUCUUGCCUUAAUCCUCUUCCAGUAGGAUGUAGGAAGGCAGAUACAAUCACCACCCUGGAAAACAGGAACAACCCUUCAUCUCUUAGGCUCAGAUAGAGGUUUUCAGCUUUGGGCAUGUGGACUGCCUCUGUGGUUUUCCUGUGGUGGACCCUCUUCUGGAUCCCCUAAUCACCAUUCCAGUGGCCAUCCAGGGACCUUACUGCUGGGAAUUAAGGUUAUCUCCUUGGCUAGAAGUCUGUCCUGUAAAGCUUUUGUUUCGCUACCCAUUUAGGGGGACUUGGGUCCCAUAAUAGCUUUCUAAGGUCAACCCCAUACCAGUAGUGGAUCCUCAGUGUCUUUGGUUAAUGAAACCCCUUUGGUACUUACUAUCUAUUGUUUGUUUGUUUUUUUCCAGCCUCCAGUUUACCCUGCUCCUUCAUUCAGUCCAAAAAGGCUCUUGGCCCUCUCUGAUCUUCCCAUCCUGCCCUUGGCACUUACCAGUGGGGGAAGACGAUACAGAACAUUGAGGGAAAGACUAUUAAUUUUUUGACAGUUCUUGAUAUGUAUUUUUUUGAUCGGCACUUUUAUUUAUUCCCUUGUGACUGAGGUGCUUUGGGGUUAACUGAGUUCACAACAAAGAAAAAGGCUGCAUGUUUCAGGAACUUGAGGCAAGGGCCAGUCCCUGCUAUAGAUUAGUCAGGCUGGGUAGGGUUUGAUCCAUGUGGACAAUUGCAGCUGAUGGUGUAAAUAAUUUGUACAAUAAAUAAAAGUUUAAAAGAAAAGAGUAAAGAAUAUGUGUGUUGUUUAAAAUAGAAACUUAGGGUUUCCUUAAGCAGUAUU